AUGGUGCGCGAUGCUCGACGUCGAGGGUCCGAUGAGACCGCACCGGGCGAAGGGAUCGAAGCAGGUUCUCGAGUGGUGGUGCUGCAGGGUCGCAACUUCCCCUCCUUCGGUGCUGGGGACCAGGGUCGUGUCAUUCGUGUGGACAAAGAAGCGCUGAAUUGCGAGGUCCUAUUCGAUGGUGGCAGCCAUCCCUUGCCUGUUGCCUUGCGACAUCUCCGGCUGGGCAGCGCUGGCGGCUACAAUGGCCGCGCCGAGCAACAGACAGUGGAACCUUCGCGCAGGAAGAGCAGCCUCUCGGACGGCAGCCGUUCGCGUUCCGCCUCGCCCAGGCGCACGGUGACCAUCGAACCUGUGGCGCUGGAUACUGAGCAACGGCUGCGUGCCUGCGAGGUGGCGCUGGACAGCAGCGCGCAGAUCACGCCGCGCAAGACGCCGCAGCGGCGCGCGCUGGCGGAGGAUGACAGAAGUUCCCAGCCCUUGGAGGAACGGCUGGUCCUCAUUGAGCAGCGGAUCAAGAACGAGGUGGAAGUUUUAGCGAAGCAAUUGAGGGAAGCGAUCAGCUUUGGUCAAGCGCAGGAGUCCAGGGCCAACGCCCUGCAGCGGCAUCUGCAAAGCUGUGGAAUUCCCAUGCCUGGGAGUGGAACCAUUCCGGCCGCACCUUCAUCCAUGGGUUCAGGCCCUGUGUACCUCUCUGCCGCCCUGCCCCCGCGCCUCUGUGCCACCCCGAACCGCGACCGUGGCGACCGCGGCGACCGCGGCGACCGUGGCGACCACGCUGUGACGGGCGGCACUGCGGUGAGUCCGACGGCCGCGACGGGGCCGUGCAUCGAGGAGCUCUGUGGGAGCUGUGGAACGGCAAACGCUCCAGGGUCCAAGUUCUGCAUCAAAUGUGGCCACAACCAGGAUGUCAACGAGCGGCCGGACUGGCGACGUCCACUGUCGGCCUCUGCCUCCACCACAGCCAGUCAGAGCUCCUACAUCAGAGGCCUGGACUCCGGCGGAGGGUGGCCGAGGUCCCGGGCAAUCCGGCUCCGCCCAGUUGCUCCAACCCACCGCUCCGCCAGCCGCACCCCACAUGCUGAUGCUGCCGCACGGGCACACAGUGCACCCCGGGCACAUGCACCCAGCGAUGUGCCAGACACCUCUGCCGCCCGGCACUCCGAGCCAAUCUAUGGAGGAGCCUUGUGGGGUGCCGGCUGCAUGCCUCACACCGCCACAGGUGUUGACUCCCAGGCUGGUGCUUCCGCAUCGACCUUUUGGAUGAAGGCGGCAGAAUUUGAAGGUGUCGCUACUGGUCGGGUGGUGAAGAUUGUGAAGAUGUUCGAGGGCUACCAAGUUGAGUACGAGCAAUGGCAGGAUGGCCCACCCGCGCCACCACCGGAGCAGAUGGAAGAGAUCACACCGGAAUAUGUGAACCUCCUGAUGGCGCCCACGGAACACUUCCUCUGCGAACUGGAGCACAACAUCUACAACAUUCAAUUCGUGAACUUCAAAAUCCGCUGCCUUGACGCAGGUCAAGAGCGCGUCCUUUUUGACCUGGGCGCUGGGGAUCUCCCCUCCCCACCCCCGCCGGACAUUGGCGAGAAUGCAUGCCGUUUCAUCCGGUACCACUUCGGACCCGAGUUUUUGGGGAUCCAGACGAUCGGUACAACUCUUGAGUUCACCAACGGUGAACAUGAGGUCCAUGAUUUUCGAAUGAUCGAGCGACACUACUUCCGAGACCAGCUCAUCACCAGCUAUGACUUCACCAUGCCCUUCGUGAUUCCAAACACCAGGAAUACGUGGGAGAUGAUCUACACGAAGCCGGAGUUCAGCGAUGAGUGGAAGGCCUGGGGUUGGGACCAAGGAACUUGGAGGGAAAAGGUUUUCGAGGGUCUAGUUGAUGUAUGCGAACCCCUGAAAGGUAGCAAGCAACACGAGCAGAAUGCCUAG